UGGUCACGUGACAUAACUGUCAGGGGACAGCAUGGCGGACAUGCAUGUGGAUCCUCAAAACAAACCGCAACGUUUCCUCAGCUAACCCGCCGUCAGAAACAUCGAAACCGUGCGCAGAGCCGGGCCACCGGUGCCCGAAGACACCGCAAAAUGGACGAGGAGAACAAACUUCAGUUCCCGUCCCUGCCCGCGUCCAAAGAAGACCUUCUGGACUGGGCAUAUCCAAUGAGACGAGAAAUGCAGGAGAUAUUACCAGGAUUGUUUUUAGGUCCCUACUCUGCUGCAAUGAAGAGCAAGCUGCCAAUCUUGGAGAGACAGGGCAUAACACAUAUUGUAUGUGUCCGCCAAGAUAUUGAAGCCAAUUUUAUCAAGCCUAAUUUCCAACAUAUGUUUAGAUACCUUGUCUUAGAUAUUGCUGACAAUCCAGUGGAAAAUAUAAUACGAUUUUUCCCUAUGACUAAAGAAUUUAUUGAUAGCUGCUUAACAACUGGAGGAAAGGUACUGGUUCAUGGUAAUGCAGGGAUAUCAAGAAGUGCUGCCUUAGUGAUUGCAUACCUUAUGGAGACAUUUGGGAUGAAAUACAGGGAUGCUUUCAGCCACGUCCAGGAGAGGAGGUUCUGCAUCAACCCCAAUGUGGGUUUUGUACAUCAAUUACAGGAGUAUGAAGCAAUCUACCUAGCCAAGCUGACCAUCAAAAUGAUGUCACCGAUGCAGCUGGGCAGGUCCUUCUCUUUACAAGCUGGGGUGCCAGGGAGCCGUAAACGCAGCCUGGAGGAAGACGAGGACUUUGGAGGAAUGCAGGUCACAGCAGCACAGAAUGGAUGAGCUUUGCUGAUACUUAGCUGUGUGGCGCAGUGCACUCUAUUUUUUACAUUUUUAUUGGGAUUAAAAAUGUAAAUAUUUGAACUUUUUUCUAAGGGGAGGGGUCAAGGGCGGGAGGGGGAACAGCUCCUGAUGUCUGAGACAUGCACGGGAGGAACGGGAGGAUUUGAUAACAUUUUUGUGUAUUUUCAUUUUCUUUUCAUUUCUCAAGCUGUAUGCACUGAUGGGAGAUUUUUUGCAGUUUUAUAGUAUUUAAAGCAUUUUGCAUUUGCAGCGGGACAGUAUUGCAAUAAUGCACUUUCGAUACUUGAAUUAUUACCAUGGUCGGCCAGAAGGGGGCAGGCAGCAAAAGGGAAUGUAGUCAGGACGCCUGCCCAGUGGAAGACACGACCAGAGGAAUAGCUAAGCCUUGUUUAGGAAUAUGGACUAAUAUCAGGCUUAAUGUGAGAUAGUAAGGAAUGAAAAAUAACAAUUCACUGCUUAAUAAAAAGAAUUUGACUUAA